UAACAAGAAGAAGAAGAAAUAAAAGAAGAAGAAGCAGCAGAACCAGAGCCCACCUGUGCAGCUUGUGUUCGUGCUUGUGUUGGUCCAGAACCAGUGGGUCCACAUGUCCGCGGGUCGGGUCCUGGAGGUCUACCUGGACCUGCUGUCCCAGCCGUGCAGGGCGGUCCACAUCCUGCUCAACUGUACCCGGAUCCCGCACCGGGUCCGGACCGUGGCUCUGAGGAAAGGGGAACAGCGGACUCCAGAGUUCACGCAGCUGAACCCCAUGCAGAAGGUUCCGGUUCUGGUGGACGACGGCUUCGUCCUCACAGAGAGUGACGCCAUCCUCAAGUAUCUGGUCACUAAGUACCACGCCCCCCAACACUGGUAUCCACGGCAACCAGAGAGACGAGCCCGCGUGGACGAGUACACAGCCUGGCAUCACAGCAACACACGACCACACGCAGCCAGAGUAUUCAUACUGGAGGUCCUGGUCCCCGCCCAGACCGGGUCCCCAGUGGAUGGGGUCGUCCUGCAGCGGGCUGUGGCCCAACUGGACGACACGCUGGACAAACUGGAGUCCAUGUUCCUGCGCAGACAGCCUUUCCUCUGCGGAGACGACGUCAGCCUGGCCGACCUGCUGGCACUGUGUGAGCUGAUGCAGCCUCUGGGCGGAGACAGGGACGUCCUCCAGAAUCGUCCGCAGCUCCAGCGCUGGAGGAGCCGUGUCCAAUCAGCCGUCAGCGACGCAUUCGACCACGCCCACUCUGUGCUGUACGCCCUCCGGGACCGCCGCAAGGCCAAGCUGUGACAUCACCACAGAAGGAGGCGGAGUCAAAGAAGAUGCGGAACGAUUAACGACAAAGAUGACGACGAUUCUCAACAAACGAAUGAAACAAAACUGAUUUAAACAGAAAAUGUUUGAUAUUAAUGAUCAACUCCAGGAUCAUAAACCUGGUCCGGGUCCAGGUCCGGGUCCAGGUCCGGUUAGUGCCUUUAAAACCAUCAUGGUGACUGGGUUUAAACUGGUUUAUUUAUGGGGGUGCAGAUGUAACCGUAUGAGUCCGAACAUACGCCGCUGUCAUGUGACCUGUGUUUAUUUGACCUCUGACCCCGUGGUGGCGCUGUAGGUUCCACGUUCACACCAGUUUAAUCUGAAGAAAUAAUGACUGAUCCGAGUGUUUGUUUGUUUUCAUGCAAAACUAACUUCUUUCCAAACAGAACCUGAAAAACUGAAGUUGAACCAAACUAAGUGGAAGUGAACGUUCUUCUGCCUCCGUGUUCGUUACAGACACACAGUGUUAAUUAGAGGAUGUCGGUCCAAUUCCAGUUUUCUUCAGCCAUGUCAGCCUGUUCAUAUUUAAAGGAGUUUCAUGUAUGUAGUAUUUUUUCCACUAAAACACAAACACUUGUAUUUGUCAUUAUUUCUCUGUUGUUUUUGACCCUCUUGGUCUGAAUGUGGAACCGGAACUAAAACCAGGUCAACAUCUUUUUGUUUUAUUUUUUAAAAUUUUUUUACUUUAUUUUGUUAAAAUUUAAUUAUUGUUUUUUCAGGUUGACAUCUUUGAUUAAUAUUUUCCUUUCGUGGCCUGGAUCCGCCCCUUUGCUGGACCGGCUUUGGUCCACGGGCCACAUGUUGGACCCUGAGGCCGUUACCGGAACCUUCCAUGAACAUAAACCUGAUCCUCCGACUCCCAACAGGGUUCAAAUAAACACUAACUUCACCUUUAUAAUUAAAGCGGUGAAUGUUCAGCCUCAUGCAGAAAAACUCCUCCGUCCAUGUCACAGUCAUUCUGUCCUGAAUGCUGUGUUCAAGGCCCUGUGUAAAUCACAGCUUUGUGAUCCCUUUCUUCUAUCAGUCUUUGAAUGCAUCACAGCUCUGACGUACAUUCACAAAUCACUGCCUUUUUGUCUUUGCACUUUCUGAUCCUGACUGUUGUCCAAUCUGUGGUCACAUGACUAAACAGAACCAUAGAUUUGUAUCGGUCACAUGAUGACGUUUGUAAAAAAAUGCAAAUAAACACUAAUUUUUAAAUAAAGGUUUUAGAGAUGA